AUGGCACAACGAGAAGACUCACCAAGGACAACUAUGGCUGAGCUGGCUUACCUCAGGCGUUUGCAGAAAUACCAAAAGCGCAAAAGCGACUCCAUUGAGCACCGACUGCACCGGCUAGGAAUAUCUUGCGAGGCCAGGAACCGGAUGGUUGAAGGCGCGAAGGGUCUACGAUACGAACUCACCGAGUCAAUCCAAUCUGGGAACCGGAGCAAGUUUUCCAUUCUCUUCGACGCCUUUCACAUUUUCAGGCAGGCAUGUAACGAAUGGGACACGCAGUCUCCUCUACCCAAGGAUGUGAACAAUCAUACGCCGGACUACCGAAGUGGUUAUUUUCUGGAUGGCGUGUCGCCGGGUACUCGUGAGACCUUACUAACGUUUCUAUCUCGUGUCUCUUUUGAUCCGUUCUUCCUUCUCGACCGUCUUUUAGGACUUCCAGAUUUCGCCUUCGCAACUCUAUCCAGGCCAUAUUGUCAAAGUUUGACCGGAGCCUCAAUCUUCGGUAACCAUCUCAAGCAACCAUCAGACAGGACCGAGCAUGAGGAUACGAAACGGUUCUUGGACUUUUCCCGGUCAGAUGUCCUUGGCCUGCUACUGAAAUUGAUCCCUACGGAUGGGCACACCCGUGAUGAAUCACUUUCGAGUGCUUGGGGAAUCAUCUGUGCUGGUCUCUUGUCCUACCAGAAGGCAGGAAGUGACAAGUUUGUGAUCGCUGUCAUGAACGCGCACCUUGGACAGCUGGACAAUACGGCUCGUCAUUACCUUGACACUUGGCUUUUGGAGACAAUGAGAGACGGAGACUUUAUUCUUUACCACGCAGAUCGGCGUGCGUUCCGGAACAAGGUCCAACCUUCCUCGGGCCUUCCUAAUGAUGAUGCAAAGGCCGUUGAUGACUUCUUUGCUACAGCGAUCGAGAAAUUGCUCUCCCUCCUCAAGGACAAUCAGCUAACAAGACUUAUCCCAAACAGUGUCUUAAGCUUGGCAAAGUCCAUUGUUGCAAGACUGGACCCCUCUUCUCAGCAGCAACAAGCAGCUCCGUACUUCUUAUGUACUCGUUGGCUCUUUGCGUCAUAUUUGUCGUCACUAAUAACAAGUCCAGAGAGCCAUGGUCUAUUGCUCUCUCAUCACAUAUCGUCAACUGUUCGUCAGCGGAUACUACAUGAACUAGCACUUCGUACCCGAGAAGUUAUGGAGGGUGUUGCCUACUCAUGGAAACAAACUUCUCCCAUCUUGCCCCACCUCAUAGAGAAAAUCGAAACCAUCGUAGACCUCUUCCGACUGGGUCCACUGGAAUCAGUAUCCGUUCCGGAUACCAGGAAUCUAGGUAGUAACAUUCCAGGCAGCAGUUCCUGCUACAACAGACAAAUUAUGCUUUGCGCUUCGGAAGUGGUCAACGCGAUUCACUCUCUCUAUCCAGAGAAUAGUCACGAUCUUUGCAGUGGUUUCCUCAUCCUCCGUGGCUCAACUCUGAGGUCCUCCGCAUCCUCCGUGUCCGGAUUGUCUCUUUUCCAAACUAUGUCUCCCUCAGAACCUACCUCACCAAGGAAUGGUCGUUGCGAUGUUGUCCCUGAGGUAGGUACACCUACUGGUUUCUCUGUACCUAGUGCGGCGCCAAUGGGACGCUCUCAGGACCAUGCAUUUUUGUCUGCCGGAGACAGCUUUAGCCAUAGACUCAGAGAAGCUUGCAUUGAAUUGGCUGUGUCUACUGGCGGUCACUCCGACAUGGAAAGGUGUGAUUUGUUUUCCGAGCAAUGGACAUGUCUCGAGACGUGUAUCAAUCACGGCACAACAUCCUGGAUCGACUACGCUAGUCACCAGGUCGAUUACGAUGGACUGAAGAUGGACUUUUCCCCGGAGCAACCUAUUGAUUCUGAAACAUUUGGCUUCCUAAGCACUGGCAUCGUCACCCUCUUGGAUGGGUUCUCCUCCGUGGCCACCUUGAACACUGUAACCACGCCCAAGGAUGAUCAUUCGGUGCAUUUCUCGUUAUUGAAUCAGUUCGAGAGCGCGAGAGCGAGUUGUUACCACCAAGGAGAUUUUGCUCAGGCCCAUCUAUUCUUCCGCUUGGCCAAGACGACUACCUCACUCUCUCCUGCAUUGACAUCGCAGAUUAUUCAGGCUGUUGCAGAGGAGUUUCAUCACUCUAUCGAUAUCUGUCGCCUCAAGAUUCAAAAAGGAGAAGCUCAGAUUGAGAGAAUCAAUGACAGAAUCAAUUCGCAGCAAGCCGAGAUACGAUCACUUUCGUAUAUCAACGACCGACUACGAGAGAAAAUGUGGUACACUGCUGACAUCCAACGAGCAGGUCACUAUGAAGAAUUGCGUAAAGUAGUGACAGCACUACGGGUCAUGGCGUCAACAAGUCGCCCGAAAACAGACAAGAAGAAACCUCUUCUCAGGCAUCGAAGUGCAUCAAAGUCUUUGAACCAAAAUGUACAACUGAAAGCAGAAGCAGCAACACUUGAGCUAAUUUCCGCUCCAGUUGAAAGAGGUGGCACAAACAAGCUCAGUGACACCCAGAUUGAUAUGACCAUGCGUUGGAUGCAAGCUCGCGGUGUGGAGAGAGUCUGCAGGGCCGAAGGACGGAUACAUCGUUUUUGUUCUGAGCUUACCAGAUGCAUCGACCAUUUCGUAGGUCAAAGCAUCGUCGAAAACCCGAUACUGUGGUCGAGUCAGCUCUUCGAGAACCAGAAGACCUUGUCUGAUCAAUGUUAUAGCAGAGUUGGUACACCCAAUUCUGAACUUGGCGCAUUGACCAAGCUUCGAUCUAUGUACGACAAUAAUGUGUCUGGGUCAUAUGAGGCUUGUGCUUCGUCUCAAUGGAGUCGAUUUACUACUUCAUCACGGACCACAAUGCACUCGAACCUUACUGCCAGAAGUAUAAGUCCAAAGUCCAUCCCGCACGACUAUUUUGGCUGUCGAAGUCCCACUCUUACUCAUAAAUCAUCUGGCACUUUAUGGUCAAGCUUCAGUGCAGGACCACAAUCUCCGUCAAGUGCUACGAGCUUUCCGUCAAGGGCUUUAUCACCCAUGUCAACUGGACGACCGCUGUCUCGCCACUCAUGCUUGCAGCAGAGUCAAGCUUCUUUCCUGGACGAGCUGAAGCAAAACUUGACCAGCUUGCUACUGAGUGACUUCCACGACCUAUUUCGCUCGGGAAGUGAGACGGACAAAGCUAUGCGCAAGAUGCUCAAGCUCAGAUUACCGUGUGGUGUUCUACCAUCAGAUGAGACGGAGCACAAACGCGAUGUCUCUCAAUUGUCAUUCGAUUUUGAUCAGGUAUUCCGCAUGCUUUUGAGACGUUUCGAGUUACAAGCCAGCCCCUAUGCCAAACUUGACAUUCUUCUUGAGCUUCAAUCCAUGCUCAAGGCGUAUAGGGUGGACCGCGGACUGGAAGAUGUGAACAAUGCAUCACAAUCCGACGCCAUUCUGUUUGCUCAACGUAGACCUAGUCUUCGAAUCGAUACUUCGAGCGCUCCCAGAACAGCUUUGGGCCACGAUAGUACCAUACUGAGCUUUCGCCAACUUUUCCAAGACCCGCAGUUAAGGCCCAAGACUUUGUUCCGCGACUUGCAGUAUAUUGCCUCACUUGUCCCGCUCAAUAUCCUCGACAGCACGCCUCGUGGCCGUGCCUUCUGGAACGCCACCAUUGCCGCCCUCGACCUGAAAGAAGAGAUCUGCCAAAGCAUGAUCGAGACAGCCGACCAAAUCAUCCAACACCACACUUUUAACCGCGGCCACUCGCGUGUGACCUCUGCCGCACAAGCAAAACGCGAUGCCGCUGCCUUCUCCCCACCUACUCCUCAACCUAGCGAUCCCUCGGUUGCAGACUUGAGUAUGAGUGAUGCAGCAAUGUUGCUGCAACUAACAGCCAAGGAAGGCAUUCCUGCUGCCCAGCGCGAGCUUGCAACACUCUACCUCACAAACCCAGACCUUCUCGGUAUCUGUUUGCCGCCAUUUUCGAAGGUCAAGGAUGUGUUUAAAGAUGUGGACAAGGAUCGAGAGGCGGCUAGUGAGAGAUAUGAUCCUGUGGCCAUGGCUGUUGCGCGGCAUUGGAUGGAGCUGAGUGCGAAAGGUGGAGAUGAACAUGCGGUGGGGGUUCUGAGGGUCAAGGAUGAGUUUGAUAGAAUUCCUUGA